CCCCCGCCCUGUCACCUUCACCCGUCUGCUCCCGCUCCUGUCGCCUUUUCAGACUCCCAAACUCUGACCCUCUGCUCUCCACUGUCCCCUUCUCCUUUCUGAUUGUAUUUCACCGGGAGCCAUCGCCUCUCGGCACCCCCUUCUCGCCGUGUUGCUUGCUUCAUCCCAACCUUUCCCCGGUUACUCCUCCCCUUCACCUGCGCCCCGCGGCCCCAGCCCCUCGCCCCGGUUCCUGGCCUCCCUUCCUGAGCGGUGCCGGGCAGUUUGGACGGUCCUCCCUGUGAGCUAGACUUUCGGGGAGGGAUGGUGGAUAGGAGUGCAGGUUGCUACCCUCAUAGUAGGAUAAAGUUCAUUUUAAAGUCUCAGUAUAAAGUAAAAUGAAAACAAGUUCGUGCUCCCCCAUUGAUAGCCAAACUGAGGUGCGUCCAGUAAUGGAGGAAGGGAGCGAAAAAGAAGUGUGUGUGUGAGUGUGUGAGUGAGUGUGUGAUUCUAGGGCAGGCUUAUGAACUUUAGAAAAAAAAAAGUUGCCAUGAGCCGAUGGAAACUUUAGAAGCCGAUGAUGAGUAAGCCGGGGGCUGCGUGAUCUCACUCCUCUUCUCAUAAUUACUAGGUUAACGGUGUGGCUCCGGUCGGGAUGGAAUGGGAUUUGUUUACUGGGCCGGCGUAUUUUUAGCUUGUCGGCUCACAAGGACCAGCGCUCUGAGAGUCACUCUCUCUCUCUCCCCGCCCCCCGCUCCUACCCCGUCUCUCCCCGCCCGUACCUCCCUGUCUAGGUCACUCCUCCGGGCACAACACAGAUAUAAAAAUUAAGUUGAAAGAAGCUGACUGGUGAUAUUUUCUAUAAGAGAUUCUCCUCACACUGUUCAGGGAGUUUUCUUUUCAUGAAUGCGAAUGCAAGAAUUAGCAGGACUUUGACUUGUAGUUUCCUUAUCUUUUAUAAGUAUAUAAAAUGCUUUCUAGAAAAUCAGAAGCUGGUAAUUUUUCUGUCUUUGGCUUCUCUUACUGUUUGUUUAGAUCUUUGAGAAGGCUGGAUCCCUGUGUCUUUCAGAAGCUAUUUCUGAAGUGGGAAAGGACAAAGUAGAGAGAAGAGGUAGUGGUGAGGUUAGUCCAAGAGGGCAGCUAAUACUAAAUCUGAAAACAUUUUCUAUACUAUAUAACUUUAAAAGCAGUCAGAAAAUUUCCUUCCUAGUAAAUGAGGUUGCAUUCUUGAUGGGAUGGAGAAGACUGCAGGGACUUAUGCCGAGUGGCUAGGGAGAAUCAGACUUGUAAUUAAACAUUUGCUGUGCAUAAUUUACAAAUGAAUACAUUAUAGGCAAACAGUUAUACUCUUUGUCCUCAUUGUUUUUCCAAGCAGUUCUUUUAAAGUUUAGUAGCCAACCUGCUGUGCUAGUCUACUGAUAUUUUGAAGGCUGAACAGAAAUGUAAAAUAAAUGAAAUUGAUGUUGCUCAUCUGGAAGCUGAAUACCAGUCUGUUCUAAUUUCCACGAGCUGCCCGGCCUGCCUCCGAGCGCCUCCCCAAGUGGCCAGUUACUAUGUACUUAGAGAUUGCAAAUGAAUACAAAUAUUAGCUCAUGCUAGGAAUAAUUGAGAGGGUAAAUAUGCUGAAAAGAUAUUCCAAAACUGAAAUAGAUUAUUUUUCUAUUUUUUCCAUUUUGGAUUAUCAGCACCUUUCUGCCGAUAAUUAUCCAUUAACAUGAAUAAUUUAGAGUUGAACAGAUAUCCACUUUGGACAUUGCGCAUUCAAGCAGAAAGGAAAGAUGGAAGGAAGAUAGUUCCCAAACUAUUACCAAUUUUUUUUGUUGUUGUUGCCUCAUUUGACUUAUCCCUUUCAUUUAAUGCCAGGCUUCCUUGUGAAAAAAAAAAAAUAAAUAAAUAAACCUUUGCCAAAGAAAGGGCUGUCUCCUGACUUGUAUAAGGCAGGCUGACCAGUAAUGAGUGCUAGUUGUUAACUGGACUUUGGUGGAGAUAUGUCACCCACAACUUGGAAAUUUUCCUGAAGCCUUAUUUCCUUAGUCUCUUUCUUUUGGGACUCCUAUUGAAAAAAAAUUUAAUUUGGAGGGUAAAAUCUAAUUUUUAAAAAUCACACACACCCUCCCAGAGUCUGUUGACUAUCAGUAAUUGUUUUAAUUUGUGAUGAUAUUAGUGAUGAUAUCUGGUAAAUUCUAUUUAUAUCUGUAUUCAACUUUCCCCAGCUGAACUACAUAUGUUGUUCCAGGGGUGGUGAUUGAAGGAACUGACUAAACCUAGGGACAAAUGGAGGGCAGCCCAAGAACCCACCACUGUUCCCAGUUCUCAGAAGGCUUUGUUUGGAAUUUUGAGAUUCAAGAUACGUAACCAAGUGACUUAUGAUGGAAUAACUCAGUAUUAAAAAUAAGUUUUCAGAUUGUUACGCGGGCACUGAGUGAUGCUUGUUAAAGUUUUAGAGCUCCUGAGUGUCUCAAGCAUGCUAAGGAUGCUGGCAGAAGACAUAGUAAGGGAGCACCUCUCUUCUUGCCCCAAACAUUCAUCCCAUCGACGGAAAAAUCUUGAAACAAUGCUUUGAAGUGUGACUUCAGCAGCAUCUUUCUUAUGGGAACUUCAGAGCUGUGGAGUUGAAGACUGUGGAAUCUUCUCAACAGCCCCUGAUAAAUUCAGAUAAUUAAAAUCUGUGUGACUGGAAUGUAAAUGCAGGGCAGUUUUAUCAUGAAUGCCUGAAUUCAGUUGAUUUUUUUAAUAUGGUGGAAGAAGGGAGUUGAUUUUUUUUAAGCAAGAAAUCCUUGCUGAAUACUGAGUGCACACUCCUGUGAAUAAAGCAGUCUCCAAGCUCCAGUGACAGGCUUUUGGGAGGUAGAAAAGAUGUAAAGACGGGUGUCUUUGCCCUUGGGACAGGCAUGGGGCUGAGGAGGUUGGUAUAUAGAUGGGAAGGCAGACUAUUUGAAGCUUUAACAUUUAGGAAACAACAUAUGAAGAAGACCAAGUUUAACUUGCUGCAAAUGGAGUAUGUAAAGACUAGAAAACUUGAAGUGACAAAGUAGGAAUGAGGUAAAUUAGGGAAGAUUUUUGAGUCAGUAAAAUUUGAAAGCAGGGCUGUGAAUUAGAAUCAUAAAGAGGCAUGGACUAUGGAGUUGGAUGGACUUUGGUUCAAAUCUUGGUUCUACUUUUUACUAUGUGGCCUUGGACAGUUUACUUAUCCAUCCUUUUCUAUAAAAUAUGUGCGAGCAUUCAAGUAAAUGAGUAGUUGUUCUGUGUUAGGAGUAAAAGAAAAGAAAAGAUUUCUGGGCAGAAAGUAUAGAAUGUACAGUGUGCAAUGAUGGUAUGAAUGACUAAGCUGUGUUUGUAGGGGGAAUAAAUGCGAGUGACUGGAGAGAAUGUGGGUUGGUCAAGUCAUGGGUAGAGCAGGCAAGAGGGUGGAGGGGACUCAGAGGCCAGACUGUUGGGUGUUGAUGGAAGGGUCAAUAGAGUCAUUGUAGGUCCUUGAACAAAGGAUGGAUUUAAUGAGAAGUAUUGAGCCCUCUGGUCCAGGAACUUAGGGACAAGGAGUCAGGCAGGCACCGGUACAUUGUGACUCUUCUGGACCGUCCUGGCCUAAAGGAGACAGCCAGGAGACAUAAGAUUCCUUGUAGUUUUUGUAUUCACACACCUUACUAUGCUGAGCUCUGCUUGUGCCUGUCUCACAUUGUACCAACCUGUGGGGAAGUGUCAAGACUGUGACUGGAUUCUCUUCAAGAACUUAUGGGAGAAGGAAAAGCAGAGACCUGUCACCCUGAAAACUUGGCCUGGUGCUAUGUCAUCAUGAAGGCUUGCCUACACUACUUUGAUGUACUCUAUGGUGGCAAGAAAGUUUAACAGGAUUUGUCAUAUGUUUGACCUUAGAGGCUUAUAGUACAUCCUACCUGAAGCAUCUGUCUGCAUAGGAAACAACUCAUCUCAGUUUGUUGGUGGAGGCCUGACUUUUGAUCUAUGUCCUCCCUACAUCAGCUGUGUGAAAGUACUUAAUGAUCACAUGACCCUGGACAUGGAUGCUGUCCUGUCGGAUUUUGUCCGUUCCACAGGGGCAGAGCCAGGACUGGCCCGAGAUCUCCUGGAAGGAAAGAAUUGGGACGUGAGUGCCGCCCUCAGUGAUUUUGAACAGCUACGUCAAGUCCAUGCUGGGAACCUGCCCCUGCCCUUUAGUGAACGGAGUGGUGGCUCCAGGACCCCUGAGAAAGGGUUUUCUGAUAGAGAGUCUACUCGCCCUCCCCGACCCACCCUACAGCGGCAGGAUGACAUCGUUCAAGAAAAACGCCUGUCUAGGGGCAUCUCCCACGCCAGUUCCAGCAUUGUUUCCCUGGCCCGGUCCCAUGUCUCCUCCAAUGGUGGGGGUGGGGGGAGCAGUGAGCACCCCCUGGAAAUGCCCAUCUGUGCCUUCCAGCUUCCAGAUCUCACUGUGUACAAUGAAGACUUCCGCAGCUUCAUAGAGAGAGACCUCAUUGAACAGUCCAUGCUGGUCGCUUUGGAACAGGCAGGGCGUUUGAACUGGUGGGUAAGUGUGGAUCCCACCUGUCAGAGGUUGCUUCCUUUGGCAACAACUGGAGAUGGAAACUGCCUCCUGCAUGCAGCCUCUCUUGGGAUGUGGGGUUUCCACGAUCGGGACUUGAUGCUGCGGAAGGCUUUGUAUGCGCUCAUGGAGAAGGGAGCCGAGAAGGAGGCAUUAAAACGGCGCUGGAGGUGGCAGCAGACACAGCAGAAUAAAGAGUCAGGGCUGGUAUACACAGAGGAUGAAUGGCAGAAGGAAUGGAAUGAGCUGAUCAAGCUUGCCUCAAGUGAACCUCGCAUGCAUCUAGGUACCAAUGGAGCCAAUUGUGGUGGGGUGGAGAGUUCAGAGGAGCCUGUGUAUGAGAGCCUAGAAGAAUUCCACGUCUUUGUCCUUGCCCAUGUGCUUAGGAGGCCCAUAGUCGUCGUGGCAGACACCAUGCUGAGGGACUCCGGCGGGGAAGCAUUCGCCCCUAUUCCCUUUGGGGGAAUCUAUCUGCCCUUGGAGGUCCCAGCCAGCCAGUGUCACCGCUCCCCUCUGGUGCUUGCCUAUGAUCAGGCCCACUUUUCUGCACUUGUGUCCAUGGAGCAGAAGGAGAAUGCCAAGGACCAAGCUGUGAUCCCACUUACAGAUUCAGAGCAUAAGCUGCUGCCCUUGCACUUUGCUGUGGACCCUGGAAAGGGCUGGGAAUGGGGCAAAGAUGACAGUGACAAUGUCCGACUGGCCAGUGUAAUCCUGUCCCUAGAGGUCAAGUUGCAUUUGCUUCAUGGCUACAUGAAUGUGAAGUGGAUCCCGGUGUCCUCUGAUGCACAGGCUCCCCUGGCCCAGCCUGAGUCCCCCACAGCCUCAGCUGGAGAUGAGCCCCGGUCUACUCCUGAGUCUGGGGAAUCAGACAAGGAGUCAGUUGGCAGCAGUUCUACCAGCAAUGAGGGCAGCAAGCGGAAAGAGAAGUCAAAACGAGAUCGGGAGAAGGACAAGAAGAGAGCAGAUUCCGUGGCUAACAAAUUGGGCAGCUUUGGCAAAACCUUGGGCAGCAAGCUCAAGAAGAACAUGGGAGGCCUGAUGCACAGCAAGGGUUCUAAGACUGCAGGGAUGGGAACGGGGUCGGGGGUAAGCAGUGGCACAGAGACACUGGAGAAGAAGAAGAAAAACUCGCUGAAGAGCUGGAAGGGUGGCAAAGAGGAGGCAGCUGGGGACGGGCCUGUAUCUGAGAAGCCCACAUCUGAGUCUGCUGGUAAUGGAGGGAGCAAGUAUAGCCAGGAGGUGAUGCAAAGCCUGAGCAUUAUGAGGAUUGCGAUGCAAGGGGAGGGGAAGUUUAUUUUUGUUGGAACCCUGAAGAUGGGUCACCGUCACCAAUAUCAGGAGGAGAUGAUCCAGCGCUACCUUUCUGAUGCUGAGGAGAGAUUCCUGGCAGAGCAGAAGCAGAAGGAGGCAGAGAGGAAGAUCAUGAAUGGAGGGGUAGGGAGUGGGCCUCCUCCAGCCAAAAAGCCAGAGCCAGAUGGUGGGGAGGAGCUGCUGACUGCCCCCCAGGCAGAGUCCAAGGCAAUGGCGUUCUCUCCUGGCUACUCUGGGGGCUUUACUAUCCCUCGGCCUUCUGGGGGUGGAGUCCACUGCCAGGAACCGCGGAGGCAGUUGGCAGGGGGUCCAUGUGGGGGGGGCCUACCACCAUAUGCCACCUUCCCCAGACAAUGCCCUCCUGGGCGACCCUACCCCCAUCAGGACAGCAUCCCUUCUCUGGAGCCAGGCAGUCACUCUAAGGAUGGAGUUCACAGGGGUGCAUUGCUACCAGCUGCUUUCCGCGUGGCUGAUUCCUAUCGCAACGGCUACAGAGAGCCCCCUGAGCCAGAUGGAUGGGCUGGAGGUCCCCGGGGGCUUCCCCCAACCCAGACCAAAUGCAAACAGCCGAACUGCAGCUUCUAUGGACACCCUGAGACAAACAACUUCUGUUCCUGCUGUUACAGGGAAGAACUGAGGAGGAGGGAACGUGAACCCGGUGGGGAGUUGCUGGUGCACAGGUUCUGAAUGAGGGAACCUUGGAGGGCAAGGGGACUAAACAAAGAAAGUUAAGCUCAACUAAUUGGCUCAUCAAGACCCAGCCCCCAUGUUGAUGGGGCAAAUGCAGUAAUGUUUAUGGGAGCCUGGCUAGAAACUUUUAAGUGUGUGUGUGCUGGAGAGCCGCCAGGCUGGCAAGAGCAGGUCAGGGCUGGACAGUGCCUCGUGGGCUGUACUAGUCCUUUGCCGAUCUUGACUUGAUGGGACUGAGGAGGUACAAGGGGGGAAAGAUGGUGAUUCUGUCUCAUAACCCCUUGGGUCCAUCCCGGGACCUAAGGGAAAGUAGUAGGGGAAGGUUUGGUGUGUGGGGGCGGGGAGGUGGGCAGAAGUCUGGAGGAGGAACGGACAAAGGAAGUAAUCAGUCAAUAAAAGAAAAAGCAGACCAAAGUUCUUUUAGGUUGGAAAAAAGCACAUGGUGGUUGGAGUCAGCAGUGUGGAGAGAAACUGCAAAAAUAGACAAAUUUGCUGUUGAUUUGAAUUUAGAAAUUGAGGUUGGAUAAAUUCUUCCUGGAAAGCAAGGCAGUAAUGUGUGCUCAUGGGUGCUUAUUAGGAGGGGGUAGUUUAAAUCGGUUUGAGAUGAGAAAGGGAGGAACUUAAGAGGGGAAUCUUUUUCCUCUUAAGUUGUAUUUUCUUGAAACAGCUGUCUGUCAUCUGUUCUAGUUCAAGAAGAGAUUGCCGAUUGCCCCCUAUCUUGCCCUUAUCCUUUUUGAGGUCUGAGCUCAGCUAAGUGAAGAAGGUUGUGAUUUCUUUUGACUUUAACUUUAUGAAAAAAAAAGUUGCCUCUGGGGAAGGGAAGAGAGUGAUGAGAAGAUCAGCGGUGUGUGUUGGAUUUUCUCCAGGUGGGUUCGCACAGGGGUGAUCGUUUUUAACUAUUUAGCAAUAACCACACAUUGGGGUUCAGGUGCCACUUGGGAGGGGUGGGAGGAGGACAGACCUUUGGCCAGACUGUUUCAAACAAAACCAAAAACCUAAAGAGAGCACUACCGUCUUCUGCUGCUGCAUUUCUGUAGAAAGCAAAUUAUUUGACUGGUUUUUUUUGUUUUUGUUUUUUUAACGGAAAAGAAACAAACAAAAAGACCCCAGCGAGCAAAAGCAUUUUAAAAAAUGAUUUCUUUUUUCCUAUUUAAAUGAUUCUUUCUCCUUCCUCUCUACUUUUGGAGAAUGAAUUUAACAUCCCGGCUUCUUUUGUUAAGCCAUAGCUGACCUUAAUCUGUGGUUAGUUUAUUAAAAUAAUAAAAAAAAUUUGUAAGAAGAGAUAUUUUUGAUAAUAGGACUGAUGUUGAAACAUGGGGUAGGGGUUGGGGCAAUUUAUAAAAAGGUAGUUAGAGAAAUAUAUUUUAGUGAACUAUAACCACAGAUCACAGAUUACUCCCAAUGAGUUAAUCUGUCUAGGUUUUCCCCUUUCCCUGACUCAACCCUUUCCCCCAGGGGGUGGGAGUGGGCCUGUGGACACAGUAGGGGAAGCUCCUUUGCAUUUUGCACAAAGCACAAGUCUGGACAGCCUACGCUCUGGCCAGCACCAUUUCUAAGAGCUUUAAACCGGAGGACCUAUCCUGGGCCAAUUUUCCUUUUUCUUUCUUUUUUUUUUUUCUGGGAAAAAAAUCAACUAUGCAAUUGUAUACACUCCUGGGUGCAUAUGAAGAAGGGGAAUAAGUGUACUUAAGUGUCCAGAGUGUUACUUGGGGCUAUUUUUCUGUAUUUGGAUUUCUCUUUUGAGAUAUGUACUCAUAACCCAUCCCGUGGAAUGUAAUCCCCACAUUUGAUCUAAGGCAGACAUGGGCUGGGUGUGUGUGCUGGGGGCCUCGUAUUUGCUUCUGCCCAGUCAGGAAAGUUGUCAUCCCAUAUUCCCCGUGGUAAUAAAGCCAGCCAAGAUUAUCCUCUUAGUGGAACUGCUCAGAGUUUAGAAAGGUUCUUUUCUCCUCAACAAACUUAAAAGUCACUUAUUUUCCAAAUCUGAUAGUCUGUUAAUCUAAUCAUUUCCUGUGGCUAUUAAUUCUUAAGCUUUUAUCUGAAAAUAAACUGGUUUCAAGGAAGCAAUGAGGUCAAAGGAGGAAAUGUAUGUAUUUCUGGACUGGGACUAGUAUGAGAAGAGCACUCCCCUCAGGUACAAAACUUGAGAGAGUACCAAAAAACUCAAUAAUCAAGAUAAAUACUGUUUUAAUGCGGUAUUUAAAAAAAUCAAUGCAAAAAAUCUAUGAUGAACAAAAUAUCAAAAUCUUAAAGACAGCAUCCAACAGGACUGGGAUUAGGGUGAGGGAAGUAAGGCUGAAUGGAGCAAGUGUGGGAUUGAAUCCUGUCUUUAAAGCUUUGAUACUUUGUGGAUUUUGGUUUUCAAAAAUAGUGCAUUAAAAUAGUAUCUUGGUUAUUGAGUUUGGGGGCACCGCUUAACUUUUGUGUCCCAAGUGUGAGUGCCUUGCUCACCUCACCCUGUUUCUGGGGUUAGAACAACGCUGGCGAGACCUCCACCUCGUGAACUUCCAUCCCUAACAGGCACCCAAACAGUGGGUGGCUCAAGCUCACUCCUUGAAUGUGCACAGUUCGCCCGUCUUUCCCUUUGGCAUCCAUCGAAUCGACAUCAUAGGAUUCUGCCUGGACCAAUAGGAAUGGAAACAGACCAGGGGUUUUCCGAGUAUAAAACCAGGAAAGUUUUGAUUCUCUGCUGGACUGCUGUGUUUGGAUUUGAUCUGUUACUAGAUUCUAGUUAAUACUUUUGUUUUUAAAAACUGAGGACAAAUGAACAAAAACAGAAACCUUGUGUCAUGUUUGUUUUUGUUUUGAUUUAUAAAUUAACUAAUCCCAGUUCCUUUUGACCUCUUUUCAAAUAAAAAAGGUGGAAAUUCUGGAAGGUGGCCUAGGGGUGAGUGAGUAUGGUAAAAUAGGGCUUUAUUUAGGCCCUGUAGCUUUUUAUUAAGAAAUAAAUUAACAUUUUUUAAAAAUUUGAGAAGGUAACUAUUUAUUGAGGUAUUAAAAAACCUCUCCAUUCUAAGGGUGAGGGCCCCUAAGUCAAUGGGUGUUUUUCUAUGGGGAUGAGUAAAGUUUGUGUUGCUUUAUUGUUUGAAGGAGUUGUGUAGGAAGAGGGGUGAAGGGAUAAUCCCUGGGAAAUGAAAACAGACUCGGGUUGGUUUGUGGUAUUUUGGGAAGAUGAGGGGUUAGAAGAGGCAAGCCCAUGCAAUUACUGUGUUGGGGAGAAGGGAGGAGGAGGGUACAUGGCAUGCAGUCAAAAUGAGCAAAAAUGCCUUGGUUAAGGAGGGGUCUGUGGGUGAAGGGGGAGGCAGACCCUGUAACCCUAGAUGAGGGAUGAUAUGAUCUCUCAAGGCUUAAAUAAGUGCACUUAGUUCCUUUAAUCCAGGGCAUGGGGAUACUUACUGAGGUUAUUAUUGGAGAGGGGAGAUUUUCAGGAUUCUUAUUUUUCCCCCUUAAGACAGUGCUACCCCUCCACCCUACAUUCUCCACCCCAGCCCUGAUGGAGCAGGUAUACUGUAGGAUAGGCCUCCAAAUUCCUCCCUUCAUUUAUGCUGGUUUUAUUGAGAGUUAUAAGAUUUAACCAAAAGUUUUUCCCUCUUACUGGAUUCUAUCAACAAAAUAAAAAGAUUAUAUCAAACAGGUUUUUUUUUUUUUUAAGAUUCAGUCUCUUUAUGGCAUGGGGAUAGUGUUAAACUCAGUGCUGCACAGGGCCUGGAGGGAAGUGCCCUCCCUUUCCUGUUGGCUCAAGUUCUUCAAGGGAAACUAAAGCUCACAGACCAAUAAAACAAACAAAAUUAGCAAUGACUUUGUAUUGUAUAUUUGGGAUGUGAUACUGAGCUGGAAAGAAUGGAGCUGGUUCUGAAGGACUUCUGAGAACCUAGCUUUUGCCAUUCUUUUUAGUCCUUUCUAAACAGCCACAUAUCCAAAGUUCCAGUCACGUUUUUUCUUUCCCCAUAAAGGGGCUUCAGAGAUGAAGCCCUCUAGACUCUGUCCUCUUGUUUCUCCAAGGAGUCAGUGUCCCAGACACACAGCCACAGGUGGGAAGACAGAAUUAGAAGCCCCUGCCUGGCCUGGAAUCACCUGUACCCCAGAUUUUUCUAAUUUCCUUUUCCCUCCAGGCCCUGCAACUGCAGAUUCAAUGAGUCAUACAGACACUCGGUCUCUCUCACUUUGUGGAUACCCAGUCUACAAAUCACAGGGUGUUUUGCCCCCCGUACUUAAACUGAUUAACGAAAUAUUUAUUAUCAUGUCCCCAUGUAGACUUUCUCCAUGCCACCUCCCUUCACUGGCCAUGUGGGUAAAGGGGUGGUAGAAAAAGGAAGGGAAGCUGGCUGACAGUAGCGCUGAGAGGAUUGGGGGUGGGGAGGACCUUGGCCUCUUUCUGUGCUUAUAACUGGAUCUGUGACUCAUCUGGUGACUCACUCAGCUCCACCUCCCUCCUCCAGCUGCCCCUCCCGGCAGCCUUCUCUCCUCACACAAACCUGCAACCAGACCAGGAUUCUGAAAAUGGAAAAGUCUGAUACAGCCCCUUGUCUCUCUACCCUUCCUUUCAUCCACUAACCCUCCACUGGAUGUGUGUGGGGUGGUGAGAGUGGUUCUCCUGUUACUUAACCCUCAGCUGCUGCCCCCUUUGCAUUCCUGGUUGGAUGCUGAUCCAAGUCACCCAUUUUUUUUUCUGUCCCUGACUUUUCCCCCAUUCCCUUGAUGUUUUUUCUCUUUAUUCCUCUGCUGCUCCUACAUCUCAAAGUAUUAAAGAAUAGAAUGAGGCUCUUAAAUGAAGGAGGGUGAGGAGAAGAAAAGUGGAUAAUGAGAUUUUAAAAUUGUGGUACACACCUCUUCCCAUUGCAACAGACCUUGGGACGUAUUGUCUUCCCCCAAGAGAAUGAGGCCCGUGUAAUGUAGGUGGGAGUCGGGGUGCUUGGUAGCUUUUAGGACUUCUAGAAUCAGGCUUCAGGGCCACCUUCCUAGCAGGUGUAUGUCUCUUUGUUCCAGAUCAACUUCCUGUCUCACAACAUCUUCACUAUUUCCACAGUUGCAGCCAAGACAGGGAACCAGUAAAGCUGAGGCCGGAAGGGUGUGUACGCUGAGGGGAGGAGAGAGUUGAAUGUCACUGUGCAAAACUGAGGCCCCCACCUAAGGAUUGCUGCCUCUGUACAGACUCAAAAUCAAUAAAACAGCAGCUCAAUAACUCUUA